AUGGUGGAAAGUCGCGCCGAGGUCCUCACGUUCCUCGGUGGGUUGCUUAUGGUCUUCGUCGUUUCAGCAGUUGUUUUUGCUCCCUCGGUUCUCUCUGGCGUGAGUUACUUGAACAUCACCGAUCCCUCCACGGCACAAGUGUCACUGAAGUGGCUGGAGCAGGUUUCCAUGGCUGGAAUGACAGCCGUGCUGAACCGGCUGCUGGCGAUUGGCAUGAGAUCAGCUGCUGAAGCGGGCGGCUUUGUACAGAAGGUCAGUGAGGACAGCGUCUUCUUGGUAUGUACAUACUUGUUGGUCCUCGCCAACUCAGUUAUACCUCUGGGUAUUGCCCAAAUUGUGGCAUCCUGGUCGGACUUGCGCGUCACCCCAUACUCAGCAACAGAGUGGCUAUUCACAUUGAUGGCCGUGAUCCUUCUCACGACGGAGUUUCUCUACAUCGUCUUUCCUGCCUGGUCCUACUGGACUGCGCACUUCCGUGUGCGGCAGAGCAGGUACAUCACAGUUCGGGAAGGUCAGCCAGUCUUGACAAGUGCUGAGUUCCCAAUGGCCCAGAGGUAUGUCGACAUUUUGCUGAUGAUGACAUUGGUGUUUGUCAUGAUAACCAUUGACUACAAGUCCAUGUACACGAUUGGCCGCAUCCUUAGCGCC